CUAAGCCCACAACAGUAAAAUCAGUCUGUAUAUGCAGUAAAGCAUGCUUGUUAUACUCACUGUGGGACCUAAGGGGUUAAUCCGCUGCAUUGUGUAAAAAGGUCAUUUGAUCCUGACUUCUCUGUUCCUCUCAUUGUUUAAGUGACCACCUCUUAUCUCCUCAUAAGACAGACUGAACUGUAGGCAUUUUUCACAUGCUCAAUUUGGUGUGUACUGCUAGAAGUUUUUUUUUUCUCUUGGGAGAGUGCAUGAAAGCAGCACAGGGCCAAUCAGCACUGUCCAGACAGAGGUCAGGGGUUCUGCUUCCUCCUAGAGCAGAAAGGAAACACCUUCUACAAGCUUUAGCUAGUGCUUGGCUGAACACUGAUAGAAAGAAAAGGUAUUUAGCAGUUUAUAUUUACUAAAAUAAUUGCACUUCCAUGUUCUGUGUACUGUGGGAGACCAGAUAUCGUAAAU